AUGGCCAAGGUAUCGCCGCACAACGACGAGCGGUUGAGUCCGAUGAAGCAGUUCUCACUGCGCCUCGACGACGAAGUACGUUAUGAGACGCCGCGCGUGCGCCAAGACGUCGCACCGCCGGUCGCAAAAGUGCCAGUGUCGCUCGACGGCUUCCUCCUCCUCGACACGUGCCGUGUCGAGUUUCCCGAGGAGGCAUCGCGCGCCGACGUGAACGGACUCAACAUCACGGCCGUCGUCUCGGACGACCUCCAGUACUUCACCAACCUCCUCUUCCUCGACAUGAGCGACAACCAAGCACCACUGGAGCCGCUCGGCGCCUUCCCCGUGCUCAAGGAGCUCGAUUUCCAGUGCAACGCGCUGCACAAAAUCGACAACCUCACGGGCUUUGAGUGCUUGGAGUGGCUCAAUCUGUCGUUCAACUGCCUCGUGAGCAAGGACGUCGAAGAGCUCUCCAAGCUACCCAAGCUGCGCGAACUCUACUUGGCGAGCAAUUGGAUCACAUCGGUGCCGCCCAUCAUGGACCGGUUCACGCGGCUCGAGACGCUGUCGCUCGAGCGCAACAACAUUCAUGGCACGGGCAUCUUCCUUCUCCUCGCGGUCGUGCCGCGCUUGAAGAACCUCAAUCUGAGCCACAACAAGAUCUCCGAGUUCCCCGAGAGCGCCUUGGCACUCGGGGACAAGCAAGGCGCCGGCUUCUACCACCUCGCCUACCUCAACCUCUCCCACAACAAGAUCGUCAGCGAAGACGACAUCAGGGCCCUCACGCAGCUGCGCGUUCUCUCGCAACUCGUCCUCUAUGGCAACCCGCUCGCCCACGCGGCUGUCCAGACCCAAGACAAGACCAAGCUCGUGUACAACCCGGUGCCGAUCAUGAGCGAGUGUGACGGACGCGAGGUGGAGCUCAACAUUGUCAUCGCGUACCCAGAGACAAAGCGCAAGAAGCCGUCGUACAAGAACGUUAGCAUCGCGCGCGUCAAGCAGGACUUGCUUCCGACGACGGCCGAGUUCAAAGCCAAAGGCAAGCGCGCCCUCUUCGCUGACCCUGCGCCGCGGCCCGAACUCGCGACCAUCUUUCCGCCGCGCCAACCACUGCGGCAGCACGACGAAGAGGCACCGGAGGCGGUGGCCGAGCCAGACAUGACCUUCUUGACGGGCGUCGGUCUCGAGACCAGCGGACCGCAAUCGACCAAGGCGCGCCGACGCAAGGACCCGGGUGCGGUGCAGAACGACGUCCCGUCCUACUUUUUAGCGCGGUCGUUGGCCCCCAACUCAGAGUCGCAACAAGUCAAGCUCAAGACGGCGAUGGCCAACUUGCGCUACCAACUGACGCACCCGCUCACAUCGCACAACGACGAGCGCCUCAACGACGACGUCUCGGCCGUGCGCCCCACCGCCGUCCACAAGCUUCGGCAACGGAAAAAGUUUGGGCAAGCGCCACGGGGGCGCUUUGCGUUGGCUUCGAUCGACCAAGCCAUCGACGACGUCAACGCCCGUUUGCACAACCGCGGUGCGCUCUCUCUCACCGACGUGUCCGACAUGUUUGCCGUCGUAGUGGACGUGCUCGACGAAGGCGACACGUCGCUCAACCACCUCGUGCGGCAAGCGCAGCGCAUGACGCGGAAACAGCCAUGA